CUUUCUGUUUACAUCUUUAAAAAAAACGCACGUGCACUUUAAAUUGUAUAGGAUUUAGCUAAAUUUUUGGACUUUUUGAAGCAUAUACUAAGCUGACAAUGCCGCCCGUUGCCCAGGAGGGCAAUUGCCUGAUUUACCGCGGCAGCAACUUCCUGAAACAACGCCUGAUACUCUCCUGCCUGUCCGGGAAACCCGUGAAGAUUACCCAAAUACGCUCCGAGGAUGAAUCCGCGCCCGGGUUAAGGGAAUAUGAAAUCAGCUUGAUCAGGCUACUGGACAAGAUCACCAACGGCACAAAAAUCGAGCUUAAUCCGGCGGGCACCAGUGUCAUGUUUUCACCGGGACUGCUCCACGGCGGACCCAUUCAUCACGAUUGCUGCGUGCAGCGCGGCAUCGGUUACUACUUGGAUGCACUGAUAGCAUUGGGCCCGUUCUGCAAGAAUCCACUUCACUGCAACCUUCGCGGAGUGACCAACAGCAAGGACUCGCCCUCGGUGGACCACAUCAAAGGUGCUGCCUUGACGCUGCUCAAAAGGUUUCUACUGGUGGACGAGGGCCUGGAACUGAAAGUCAUCCGCAGGGGCGUCGCUCCCCUUGGUGGCGGUGAGAUUGUGUUCCGGUGUCCAGUCCGGAAGAGCCUUCGGGCCAUCCAGUUCCAAUCCCAGGGCAUGGUGAAGCGUAUUCGUGGUACUGUUUACGCCUGCAAGGUUUCCCCGGCAAUGGCCAAUCGCACUGUGGAAGCCGCCAAGGGCUGCAUGCUCAAGUUCCUGCCUGAUGUCUACAUUUAUACCGAUCAAAACAAAGGCAAGAUGUCGGGAAACUCACCUGGCUUCGGUAUCUGUUUGAUUGCCGAGACAACAGACGGUGUGUGCUUCGCCGCCGAUUGUAGUUCCAAUACUAGAGAGGAAUCGGACACUCCGUCCAUACCCGAGGACCUGGGCCAGGAGGUGGCCAUGCGAUUGCUGGACGAAAUUUAUCGCGGCGGCUGUGUGGACUCUAGCUAUCAAUGGCUGGCAGCUCUCUAUAUGGCUCUAGGACAGAAACAUGUCUCGAAAUUUCUAACAGGUGCUUUGUCUACAUACACUGUUCACUUUCUGCAACACCUGCGCGAUUUCUUCUCCAUUACAUUCAAGCUGGAGAAUCCCGAUGCGGAGGACGACGACGACGAGGGAGAGGAUGUUCGCGGUGCCCAAAAAGUUCUGAUGGCAUGUGUGGGGAUCGGAUAUACGAACAUCAACAAGCGUGUUAAUUAAAUAGCUCUUUAGGUAUAAAGUUUUAUUAAUAAAUAUAUUUUUUU